AUGGUGGAUUCGUUAGAAGGUAUUCAAGCAACCAUUCUUAAGGCUGCAGAAGAGAACCAAUCUAUCUCUAUUGCUGGAGGACGACAUGCUAUGGGUGCGCAACAAUUUGGUAGUGACACGGUGUUGAUCCAUACUACUAAAAUGAAUCGAGUGUUAGGUUUCGACGAAUCGACAGGUUUGAUCGAAGUGGAAGCUGGGAUACUAUGGCCGAAAUUGAUUGAUUACCUCAUUGCAAUGCAAAAAAACGUUCCUUGGACGCAACAGUGGGGUAUUGCUCAAAAACAAACUGGUGCAGACCGGUUAUCUAUCGGCGGAACGCUGUCAUGCAAUGCCCAUGGCCGCGGAUUAAAGAUGCAGCCCUUCGCUUCUGAUGUCGAAUCUUUUACCUUAGUCGAUGCUGAUGGUAAGUUUCGUCGAUGUAGCCGCCAGGAAAACAAAGAUCUGUUCGGACUAGUCAGCGGUGGUUAUGGUUUGUUCGGUGUGAUUUAUUCCGUAACAAUGCGCUUAGUAUCUCGGCAAAAAUUAGAGCGAGUAGUGGAAGUCAUCACCGUUGACGAACUACCGGAGGCUAUUGAACAACGUAUUGAGGAUGGAUUUCUCUACGGUGAUUUUCAAUUUUCCACUGAUGAGCAAUCUGAUGAUUUUUUAUACAGGGGCGUCUUUUCCUGCUACCAUCCAGUUGAUCCGGAUACUCCAAUGCUAGAAACUCAAAAAGAGCUAACCGAAGCCAAUUGGACAGAUCUUUUUUAUUUGUCCCAUGCAAACAAAGCUGAAGCAUUUAAAAGAUAUGCCGAUUAUUACGUGUCCACCUCCGGCCAGAUAUACGCAUCCGAUACUCAUCAACUGGCUCUGUAUCUUGAUGAUUAUCACCAUGAGCUUGAUCAUCGUCUGGGUGGGACAGAACAGGCCAGCGAAAUUAUUACAGAAAUCUAUGUUCCUCGUCCCCGUCUGCCCGACUUUUUAGCCGAAGUCCGAGAAGAUUUUCGAGCCAAUAAUGUUAACAUGGUCUAUGGAACUAUUCGACUGAUUGAGAAAGACACCGACAGCUUUUUACCUUGGGCCAAGCAGUCAUAUGCCUGCAUCAUCUUUAAUAUAAAUACUGUUCAUACUCCCGAAGGUAUCGAACACUCUGCUGCUGCUUUUCGUCGUCUGAUUGACAUAGCUAUCAAGCGUGGUGGUAGCUACUAUUUAACUUAUCACAAAUAUGCUACCCGUGAACAAAUCGAAACUUGCUAUCCAGAGUUUGCUGAAUUUCUUCGUCUUAAGGGAAAGUACGAUCCACAAGAGCGCUUUCAGAGCAACUGGUAUCGCUUUUACCGAGAAAUGUUUGAUGACCAAUGAACAACAUUCAUUUUUUCAAGAUUCUAAUUUGACUGAUAUGAACUUUAACUGAAUCUACAUAUGUCUGUUCUUCGUUCUCUUUUAUUGAAUAGUUUAUUAUUUUUAUAUUUAAACAGUUCUUAUUUUUACUUAUUUUCCUGUACUUUUCCAUUUGCUAAAAGAAGAAUAAACUAACUGAAUUAAAUUGAAAAUGCUUGACAGCAUGUUUUAGAGAAUUGAAUAAUGCUGGAAAAAAGAAUUAGAAAGUUCAAAACCUGCAUUUCAUCGACCAGAAGGCAACAGACGAGCAAAUAUUUGUCCGCUGCUCGAAUUCUCCGUGUAACGUAAAAGAAAUGGAAUAUUAGUCGAUCGAGGCACAAAGGACGGGGGUCGAUAAGAGGCAAAAUCGGCCCCCUCUCAGAUCAAGCUCAUAUUCACAAGUCUGAUGUAGUUUUUCUUCGUGAUUAAAACUAGCAUCUCAAAAAACCCAUUUUCAGCCCCCCU